CGUAUCUCGGGCCAGAGCCCCUCCCCUCGGCCCGCGCCGGAGGGCCGUGACACAGGUGCCGCUUCCUCCCCGCCGCUGAGGGCCCGUAGCAGCCCGCGCGACCCUCGCCACCGCCCCGCCGGCUCCUGCGCUCGCGGCCCGGCCGGCGCCCCGCACCCGCCGACGAUGAGCAGCCUCAACAGCACGUCGUCGCCCGAACCCGAAAUGGUCGAGCCUGACAUUUUCAUGACGCUGGGUGUGAACAUCGCCAUCAUUGCAGGUGUGAUCGCUGCAAUAGCCAUCAUCCUGAUUUGCCUCCUUGUCAUCAUUCUACGCUACUUGUACGGGUACAAGGGCACGUACCACACCAAUGAGGCCAAGGGCACGGAGUUUGCUGAAAGCGCAGACGCAGCCCUGCAGGAGGACCCCUCCCUCCAGGACACAGGUGGGGACAACAGAAAGGAGUACUUUAUCUGAGGGGCACCAAGGCUCCUCUCCCCCUAUGCCUCCUUCAAGUCCACGAGCAAAGAGGCACCCCACAGCCCCACCCUGCUACCUGGAUCACCGUGCAGACCAUGAGAGCACCCAUCUCAUCCCAAAAUAUGCACCCGACCUGAGAACUCCAGGUGAGAGAGAAACGAAAGGAGGAGGAACUGAGCCAGGAGAGGCCUGAUCCAGGCACCCAGGGACGCAGUGAUCACCCAGGAGGCCUAUCUUUGCUCUGCCAGAGGGAGAAAAUCUGGGUCCUCCUGGGCAGUGCAGUUUGUCAUCAGCAUGGUAUGAAAGUCCUUGCUGGGUGGGUGGGCCUGAGGGCUGGGGAAACAAGGAUGUGAGUCAUCUGUAAGCUGACUGGGGAUAAUGGCAUCAAAUGUCAGUCCUUGACAUUUGUGGGGAACAGCAGGUGCCAGAGCUAAAGGCACCUUUGUCUCCCAUUGAUCCAGCUCUAAAUGAUUGGAAAUAAAUUUGAAAUGUAACCAAG